UUUGGGAAACUGUGGCUGGAUCCCCAGACACGAGUUGGCUCCGCGCCCUACCUAGCUCCACCCGGCUCUCUCCCGCCCUUCCUCCCACCUCGGAGCCGGAGGAUGGUCCGGGAGCGCUCCGGCGGCGGCGGGGUGGCAGGUCCCCGGCCGGACCCGCCCUGCAGUGGGAGCCGUGCGCGCGCCCAGUUUGGAGGGAGCCGCCCCCGCAGCUGACAGGUGCUGCCCGGAGGGCGCGGGCUGCGGUCCGGGGCGCUGCUGGCUUCUCACACCAGGUCGCGUGUAGCCUCCCGAGCCCAGAGCCGACGAGGAGCCGGAGUCAGGGCGCGGCCUGGGGGACGCCGGUGGACUGGAGCCCGGGUGCUCGGAGCUCGAAACUUUGCUGGCGCGGCGGCGACCCGGAUUCGGUGACGGCGCCCGCCCAGCCCGGCAGGUGAGGGAAGCAGCAGCAGCAGAGCCGGAGUCCCGCGGUCCCGGAGCCUCGGCGCCGGCAGCGGCGUCUUUCCCCGGUGCUGGCCUGAAGCCUCUGGGCACCCCCGGCUUCUGCUGCUGCGCCCGCCGCCACCGCGGGGCUCCGCGAGGAGGCGCAGCUCCAGAGGGCGGAGGAGAAGAAGGAGGAGGAGGAGGAGGAGGAGGAGGAGGGGAGAGGUGGAGCAGGGGGUGGAGGAUGGAGCCCCGGACUGGAGCGGCGGGCUCUCCCGAGCCUGCACCGGCGUCCUCCUCCUUCCAGGCCCGGCUGUGGAAGAACCUGCAGCUGGGGGUGGGCAAGAGCAAGGGCGGCCGCGCCGGGGGCCCGGAGCGUCGCACUGCGGACACCCCGUCACCCUCCCCGCCACCCCCAGGGGGCAGGCGGGACACUCUGGCCCGCGCGGGUGGCACGGGCAGCAGGUGGAGCGGCUUCAAGAAACGGAAACAGGUACUGGACCGCGUCUUCUCCUCCUCCCAGCCCAACCUGUGCUGCUCCUCGCCGGAGCCUCUGGAGCCAGGCGGCGCCGGCAGGGCAGAGCAGGGGUCCGCGCUGCGCCGCCGCAUCCGAGAGCAUUUGCUCCCGGCGGGAAAGGGACAGGCGGCGGCCGCCGGAGCAUCCGGAGUGACGCCUCCUGGUGGACUGUCCCCGGACUCUGCUCCUUCUUCAUCUUCCGCUUCAUCGUCCUUGUCCUCUUCACCCCAGCCGCCCCCGAGGGGGGCCCGCGCCCGAGAUGAGAGUGCACGACCUCGGGGUCCUGGGGCGCACUUAUGUCACCAGAAGAGUUCCUCUCUGCCGGGGACUGCCUGCCUGGAGCAGUUGUUGGAGCCGGUGCCUCCUUCUGCAGAGCCGGCGCCCAUUCCAGCGGAGCCCGAGACCCCAGAGAAGCUGGAGGAGCAGAGCAACAGCCAGAAAAUAAAUAGUGCUGGAACCAGUAAUGCAGAUGUCCCUUUGGCUGAUCCCGGAAUGUACCAGUUGGACAUUACAUUAAGAAGGGGUCAAAGUUUAGCUGCCCGAGAUCGAGGAGGGACAAGUGAUCCAUAUGUGAAGUUUAAAAUUGGGGGAAAAGAAGUUUUUAGAAGCAAAAUAAUACAUAAGAACCUCAAUCCAAUAUGGGAAGAGAGAGCCUGCAUUCUUAUUGAUCAUCUUAGGGAGCCACUGUAUAUAAAGGUAUUUGACUACGACUUUGGGCUACAAGAUGACUUUAUGGGCUCAGCCUUUCUGGAUCUCACACAACUGGACUUAAAUAGACCCACAGAUGUGACCCUAACACUGAAGGAUCCCCAUUAUCCUGACCAUGAUCUUGGAAUCAUUUUGCUGCUGGUCACUCUCACCCCUAAAGAAGGCGAAUACGGGGAUAUGACAAUGCUAAUGAGGAAGAAUUGGAAAAGAUCAAGUAAGGAACUCUCAGAAAAUGAAGUGGUUGGAUCUUAUUUCUCUGUGAAGUCUUUCUUUUGGAGGACGCACAACAGGCCUGCUUUUCCUGUCCAGGGCUUCAGCAGAAUAGCUCUUCCGAGUGUUUAUAACCAAAAUGCACAAACCCAAAGUUUACGUCUGUCAGACCUCCACAGAAAAUCACAUCUUUGGAGAGGAAUAGUCAGCAUCACCUUGAUUGAGGGUCGAGACCUCAAGGCUAUGGAUUCAAAUGGGUUAAGUGACCCCUAUGUGAAAUUUCGACUUGGGCAUCAGAAGUACAAGAGCAAGAUUAUGCCAAAAACUUUGAAUCCUCAGUGGAGGGAACAAUUUGAUUUUCAUCUCUAUGAAGAAAGAGGUGGAAUCAUUGACAUCACUGCCUGGGAUAAAGAUGCUGGGAAAAGGGAUGAUUUUAUUGGCAGGUGCCAAGUUGACCUGUCGGUCCUUAGUAGGGAACAGACACAUAAAUUGGAGUUACAGCUGGAAGAAGGUGAGGGACACCUGGUACUGCUCGUCACCCUGACAGCUUCGGCCACAGUUAGUAUCUCUGACCUCUCUGUCAACCCCCUGGAAGACCAGAAGGAGCGAGAGGAGAUAUUAAAGAGAUAUAGUCCUUUGAGGAUAUUUCACAACCUGAAAGAUGUGGGAUUUCUCCAAGUAAAAGUGAUCAGAGCAGAAGGGUUAAUGGCUGCUGAUGUCACAGGCAAAAGUGACCCAUUUUGUGUAGUUGAACUGAACAAUGACAGGUUAUUAACACAUACAGUCUACAAGAAUCUCAAUCCUGAGUGGAAUAAAGUCUUCACAUUCAACAUUAAAGAUAUCCAUUCAGUUCUUGAAGUGACAGUUUUUGAUGAAGAUCGGGAUCGAAGUGCUGACUUUCUGGGCAAAGUUGCUAUACCAUUGCUGUCUGUGAAAGCCAGCUUACGAACAUUAAUACCCAAAGAACAGAAGUACAUUGAAGAGGAAAACAGACUCUCUAAACAGCUGCUAUUAAGAAACUUUAUCAGGACGAAGCGUUGUGUCAUGGUGCUUGUAAAUGCUGCGUACUACGUUAAUAGUUGCUUUGAUUGGGAUUCACCCCCAAGGAGCCUGGCUGCUUUUGUGGUAUGA